GCCACGUGUCAUAUCUGAGAGCAGAAAUCAACUCAGAUGGACCAACUAGAUUAUGCCACGUCACACUCUACCAAAAAGCCAAGAGACGUCGUCGUCCAAACGAGUCCAAAAGGCGAUGGACCGACAGAGAGAGAGAACACGAGCCGCUGCUGCUGUCGUGUCGCGGUUCGAAGAAAAGGAAAGCCGGUGCGUGGGGGAAAAAGUAGCGACCGACACGUGUCGGUUACCUGCUCCUUCUACCGCAUCAAAAUAGAAGAAACCGGAUACUGGAAAGAGAGAGGGAGGAAGCUGGGUGGAAGGUACGGACGCGAGCCGUCUGGCGCGAGAAACGAGAAACGUGUUUUCCAGGUUCUGAGAAAUCCUCUUUUCAGCUUACUGCGGACGCGACUACAAAACCGUCGUUUGGGUACGGGAUUUUUCUCUUCGGGGCUGAGUCGACUCGGUAUCUGGUUUCGGAGGCGGAGAGGGAGGUCUGGCUGGGUAUCGAACGUGGGCGGUCCGAAUCGUUGCGACCCGCCGGAGGAAGAUUCGGGUUCGGGUUAUGGAUUGGUGGCAGAAGAUGAUCUUCCCCAUGCGGAGGGUUUGGAUCGCCGUCUCGGCUCGAGUUCGGGCUCGGAAAAACGUAGAUGAUGGAUGAAACAGAUUACCGUAGAGCCAUCUCUGGACCUUACACGCAGCAGGUUGCUGUAUUAAUCAGGACCAUCCAUCUAUUGGGACCCACCAUGGAUGUUGGGAUAUUUGAAGAUUCAUACAGAUCGGACGAUCCUCUCACUAUGAUCAGUGGCCUACGAAGCAACGGCGGAGAUGUGCUGUGAAGUGAAGAAAAUGAGGGCUUGGAUUGUCUUAUAGGCGUGAUUUCUUAACCACAAGCCAUCCAUCCAUGGUUGGGCCCCCUAGAUGAUCUGCCACGUGUGCAUCGGGGUACGCCGAAUGAUUGGAUCUAGCUAAGCGCCAUGCUCCACCAGCGCACGCUAGCAGCAUCAUUCCCCCCUUGUUCUCGAAUGCUUGCCGAAGUUUUUUUUUUUUUUUUUUUCUUAUGCCUCUAUAUUGCCCUUUUUUGGAGGGGUUUCAGCUGGAAGCGGUUGAGUACACCAUCUGCGCAUGUUAGCGAGCUUUCCGUUUUGUGGUUAUUUUCGCCGUAUUUGAUUUUCAGCAAUUCUCAGUCUCAUCCGAAUUAUCGUUUGUUUAUACGGAGAUUUAUUUCCUAUUUAUUUUAUUUUUUUUUCUCCUUAAAAACAGUACUUCUUCUGCUCAUGUUACAGAUGCCUUUUGUUG